AUGAUGUUAGCAACGACUACUAUGAGAAAAAGAAGACUCAGCGAUAAAGUCGUUAAAUUUCCAAAAAUUCUAGAAUGUGAAACUAUUGAUGUGGAUUCUUUAGAAGAUGAAUCUAUAGAUGCUGAAAGACUUCAUGAAACGCCGUUGAACGAGCACGAUUCUUCAUCAUCUGAUAAAGUUAAACACCAAUCGUUAAAACAUUUGAACCUAAACGGUUUAUGCAACAAAAAAGAAGAAUGCUACGUAGAAGAAAUCGUACUUCCUGGUGAUUCUAUACAAAGUCUAUCGGACCUCGAAAUACUCAGUUUGCGAUCGAACGGCAUACAGAAUUUUCCAAACAGCGUACUGCAAUUGAUAAGUUUAGUUGUGCUUGAUUUGUCUGAUAAUAAUUUGUUGACAUUGCCUCCGGAAAUCAACCAAUUGAAACUAUUGCAAGAGUUAGUGUUGGAUCAGAAUUUGUUGAGUGUCUUACCGGCUACCAUAUGGGAUUUAAAGUUUUUGAAAAUCUUGAAAGUGGCUAAUAAUAGAUUGGCAGUACCGCCGGAUAAAAGUGUGGAAAUGAGAGCAUUAGUUCUACAAGAAUCUGAAGACAAGAAACAGGAUUCUCCAGGCAUCACUACUUUAAAUCUAAGAUCCAAUCGACUCAAAGGUCACAUAAUUCUCGGCAAUUACGGUUGUUUAACCGAGUUAGAUGUGAGCGAAAAUAGUAUAGAAAAUUUGGAUUUGAGUGCUGUCGGUCAACUUGAAAUUUUACAAUGUUCCAGAAACUCAUUAACGACUCUAACUUUACAUGGCAAACGCCUCACAUCUAUAAUCGCGGGAAAUAAUAAAUUAAAGAAUAUAUCUAUAUGCCAUCCACCGAAAGGGCUAAAGCAUUUCGAUGUUUCAUAUAAUGAACUUGAGGCUCUUCCCGAUUGGUUAUCAGAAUGCAGUGAACUGAGAUGUUUAUUUGCAAGUAAUAAUGGAUUGCAAUAUCUACCAGACCAUUUAUUUCUUAACGAAUUACCUUUUUUACACAGCCUCCAGUUAGCUUACAAUCAACUCCAGAGUCUACCAUCGAUAAACAAGAAGUUACCAAUCCAGGAGUUGUUUAUGCAAAAUAACAGUUUGUCCAAUUUACCGGAAACGUUUUUUCAAUGUUUACCUUCCAUUAAAGUGUUAAAUCUAUCCAACAAUAGACUUUGCGAUCUACCAAAACCAAACGAAGUUUUGGUUAUCGAGAAACUGUUUUUAACAGCAAAUUGCCUUAUUGAUAAAUCUUUAGAUAGCUUAGCUCCGUUUUUAAGAAAUAUCAAAACUCUCCAUGCGGCUUACAAUAAUUUCACAACUUUACCGGAAAAUUGUGCUAUAUUUUGGCCGGAACUAGAAGAACUGGUAUUAUCCGGAAAUAAAUUGUUAAGACUUCCGGAAAAUAUCGAAAAAUUAAAACAUUUAUCGGUCCUUAGGGUACAUUCCAAUUUAUUACAAACCAUACCAAAGUUAUCAACUCUUUUAUGUUUAAGAGUAUUAGAUUUAGCUCAUAAUCAAUUAGAUCGUAUCGAUCUAACGUCAUUAAUACCACCGAAUCUCAAAUUUUUAGAUCUGUCUUGUAAUACAAAACUCCACGUAGAUUCCCACCAAUUCAACACGUACCGCACCCAAAGACCCAUGAGUCUAGUAGACGUAUCUGGAAAAAAUAGAACCACGUUACCUUUAACUCCUUCUCCCUUUUGCGAAAAUGAUUUCACCGAGAAUUGUUGGUCUGUAGGUUUUUCAGAAACGGCCGGUGGUAAACAGAGGCUUUACAUAUCUCAAAUUCGAUUACCAGCUUUUUGUAAUACCGAAGCUUUAUUCGGAAUGUUUGAUGGCGAGUCCAAUAACGAAGCUCUAAUCGGAAUCGAUAAAGUGGUACCGAGAAUCCUCUUGGAAGAACGAACCGUUAAAGAAACCGCUCACGAUUACAUGAAAUAUACCAUGUUAUCAGUUUAUCGAACGUUAAGGAAUAAAGGACAUCGUCAAGGUUUCGGCGCCAUCCUAACGCAUAUAAUGAAAUCGAAACAAACAGCCGAUUAUUCGUUUUGUGGUAGCAUAAAAAAAUACGUGAUGAAAAUAGUUAGUGUUGGAGAUAUAAGGAUAGUACUAGGUAGAGUUUCGGGACCGGUUCGAGUAUUACCGCAAAAACAACGUAAACAAAUAAGAACCAAUCCGCAGAUACAACUCACCAUACCAGAUCCAUAUUUCACCGAAAUAUACCUCGAAGAACAAGACGAAUAUAUGAUAAUAGCUAACAAAAAUUUGUGGGACGUUAUAACACCAGAAAACGGUAUUAAAGAAGUUACUUUACAAAGAAAUGUGAUUUUAGCAGCGAAAAGACUUCAAGAUCUAGCACAAAGUUACGGAGCUGAAGAAAAUUUAAGUAUAAUAGUAGUUAAAUUUAACGUCCUCAGUUCAGACGUAGAUCUCCUCAUGAGAGAAUUAAGACAAACGAUCCGAAAAAACAAAUACCAAAGUGAAAUUAAUAACGCGAACAACGGCGGUUGUCAACCGGGUUGUUGUUGCGAAGCUUUAAAUCAGGAAUGUUUGAAUUGUUUAGAUCAAGUUCCUAUACCGCCUCCGAUGCUUCCGUGCGAAGAUAGAUCCUCGCCUAGCGGACAAAGUGAAAACAACUGUAGCGACUGUAAUUUUUCCGCUAAAAUGUUCAUCAACCAAUUAAACAAACAGAACGAAAACAGAUCGGUUCGAAGUUUGACACCGUCUAUAUUCGAAGCAGUCGAUGUAAAAGCGAAUCCGGAAAGGCGCAGCUACAGGGGGGUGGCCAAAGCGCUGCGUCAAAGAAAAGAAGAAGAUCGCAAUAGAGAAGAUUCCGAUUCCGCUUUAUCCGAAGAGCAAUUCAAAUGUUGGGAAUACAUGCUCGAACAAAAUACUCAAUUAUUAUUCGAUAAAGAAUUGAAUACUUUGAAUAAAAAUAUGAAAAAUAAACCGGCUUCAUUGAAAUUGGCGACCUUAUCGAGAAGCUCGCCACAUUUAGCGGAUUGCACCUUGAACAAUACAAAUCAAAAUUCUUUUUUAUCGAAACAGUUCGGUAGUACAAGGUCAUUCAAUCCGCUUUUGUCCAGAUCGGGAUCGAAGUUAACUUUGGAUAAAAAACAGUUAUUAGGGGGACCGCAUGCUGCUUAUUUCGGUAGUUUACAAAGACUCAUGCCAUAUAAUUUGGAAUAUGACUUUGCUUUGAUGCACGAACGAGGAUUAGCCGAUUCCUUGGACUUGGACAGGAUGCAGCAGUAUUGGGGUGUUACUACUACUGAACUUUGAAACAAGAAUAGCCCUUUAUAACUACCGUGAUCAUUAUACUACAUUUGUCUGCACUCUUCAGAAUUAAGUUUGAUGUAAAUGCGGAGUUCCAAUAAUGUUUUCAGAUAAUUGGUCAAAAAAAUUGCGAAAACUUGCUUGAGCUUGGAGACCCACACGUGUUAGUUACUAAAUCUGAUGAAAAUGUAUUUGAUUAUUAUGUUCUUCGUAAUUUUUAUAAGCUCUUGCUCUUGUACACCAGUUCUUGUCAAUCGACUAACGGCGGUCUAUCUAUUAAUGAUUUCUUUCCUUGGUAUUCAAGCCAAUCGCUUCGGCGAAUCCAAUUUUGAAUCGUAUUACUUCCACUAAGCAUAUUAUCAAACCAGUCAUCAUUUUCGGAUUUUCAGUAAAGACUUAUUCUUAGUAGUAAUAAUCUGUUGCUUUUGACAUUUUUCUAAUAAUCUGGCAGGCUAAAGUUUCUUUCAGUACAUAUUCUUGAACCAUCUUGGCAAGUCUUGGGUCAUAUUCAACUCGAUUUGUUACAGAACCAUCAUUGUUUGAUUCUAUACAAAAAAGUCAGUCGAGCAAGCGGUAAGCACCAACUUCCCCACCUCGCUAAGCUAAUUUAAUCGCGGCUAGGUGAUUGAAUUUCCGUUGCGGCUCUUCAGGGGUAUUUUCAUUUCAUAAAUUUAUCAUUUUCGUUUUCUUUUACAUCUCGCGUUUAUUGAAAUACUUUCGAAUGAGUCAAUAUUAACAUUAAUCUACUUUCUAUCAUUGCUUUCCAUGCAAAUUUUUUAUUG